GUAAAGCAUAUACACACCAGAGACCAUCGAUGCCAUGGAGCAGGGUGACAACAAGAUACCAAGACGCGAAGCUAUUGACAAUCCUUCAGCUUAAGAUCGUGGGCCGUCCUUCGCGCAUCUUGCAGUAAGAAUACACCCACAAGAACCAUACAGAGACAUACGACAAUGAAGUGGUAUCAGAUCGCCGCUCUCGCAGUGCCUGCUCAGGCCGCACUACGCUUCGGAUGCUCAACCUUGAGCAUCCAACGGCUUGACCCGCUGGUUGAGCCAGGCAAACUUCCUUCAGCUCACGUUCAUCAAAUUGUUGGUGGAAACGCGUUCAACGCGACCAUGAAGGAAGAUCCAUCCACUCUAGCCACCUGCACGACGUGCACAUUCUCCGAGGACUUCAGCAACUACUGGACUGCGGCGAUGUUCUUCAAACACACAAACGGCUCGUACAAACGCGUACCUAUCAUGCAGAACGCGGCCUUGCCUAACGGCAUCAACGGCGGAAUGACCAUCUACUAUACACAGCAAGACUUCAACACGAAUGGUAACCAGAAGAUUACCGCGUUUCCCAAGGGUUUCCGAAUGACUGUAGGUUCGCCUACAACCAAUACGGUAGAAGAUGCCAAGAAGCACCCAGGGCUUCGGUUCGUAUGUUUGCAAGACAAGAACACCCGCUUUCCCGAGAGCCCAGACUUCCCGCCCAAGGCCUGCAAAGGUGGCAUCAUGACCGUGCAUCACUUUCCCUCUUGCUGGGACGGCAAGAACGUCGACUCGCCCAACCACCAAGAUCACAUGUACAACACAGCUAAGGAAGCCUUCGCUGUCGCCGGCGCAUGCCCAUCUUCGCACCCAGUCCGCAUGCCACAGGUUGCCUACGAGACACUCUGGGAUACCACACAGUUCAGUAACAUGUGGCCCAAGGACGGCUCCAAUCCCUUCUUCCUUUCUUACAACGACAACAAGGGCUACGGUACCCAUGCGGAUUACCUCUUUGGCUGGAAGGACGACAGUCUGCAGAAGGCUAUGGACAACAAUUGCAUGUUCCAAGCUUGCGAGAAUGGAAGGCCUUUGAAGAGCCAGAAUGUUCAGGCCAUGAACCAAUGCCAAGUCAAGAGCGCUAUCAAGGAGAACAUAGAUGGCUGGCUUGACCAUAUGCCCGGUAUGGCAAUGUAGGCGAGUGGUAAGGGGAAAUACGAGUCAAGGCGCUCGUACCUUCGGCGAUACCAAAUUGUGAUCUACUUCAUCUGCAGACUUCGUAUCUACACAAAUU